AUGCUUUUCUCCAGUUCCUUUCCUGCGUGCAAGUCUCUAUUCUCCAAGGACAUGAUGGAGACCAGAGUGAGCCAACACGAGUCCAUCGAGCUUACUGAAAUGGGAAGCAAGUCCUCUCCUAGCGAAGACGGGAGUACAGCAGAGAGUCUCUUUCGCAAAGCGGUAGAUGACACCUCGUUGCGUUGUGAAAUCGAGGAUAUCCUCUCCAGCCACGGGAUCUCAUCCCAGGGGGUCGCUUUCGAAAUGGGAGAUGGCUCUUGCGAUAAGAAUAAAGGACCUGUCCCCUAUGUGCGGGUGAAGGGUAUCACCAGUCCCGUGCCGCAUCUGACCCAGUUCGAAGCAGAGAGGGAGAUUGCAGAAGCGCUUCUGAAAAGAGAUCUGCGGAUAUUUAGAAUCGAUAUGAAGCCCGACAUGCUUGCCAGGUCCGUUGAGCCUGUUAGGCGUGUUAAGAAGAGAUCCUCUUCGUCUGACUUGGUUUGGCUUCGCUUAUUCUGA